GUAUUAUAUAAAAAAUAAAUUUAAAGAAAUCAUAAUUCCAGGCAUUCAUAACUAUUUGAAACAGAAGAAGACAAGAUCUAAACAUUGGUUCGUCAACGUCAUUUUUCGUUUCUAGGUUAAAAACAAAUUUAUUCAAGAAAAAUUCAACAAUAAUAACAAUUGAUAAAAUAUGCCAAGUGUUGGAUCAACUGACAAUAGUGAAAAUUUAAAAGAACGUGUUAUACAAGACAAUAUUGUAAAAUGGCAAUCUCUAGAUAAGUCUUUAGCACCAUUGUCAGCGGAGCAACUGGAUGUAAUUUAUGAGUUAGGUGAUUUAAUAUCAAAUACUGUGAAAGAAAAGAACGAUACAGAUGUGGAUAAAACCAGUGAGACACUAGAUACUAUAUACACAUUACAAGAUUUUGUUAAAUGGACAAUAGCUGUUGAACAUGAUAUUAAACACGAAAAUUUAAAAAUGUAUCAAGACUAUUACCAAUUGUUAACUCAGUAUAAAUCUAAUUGUGAGAUUCUCUUUGAUAUGUCAGACAAAGCGUUAUGUUCUCUCAAUAGUUUAAAAGAAAAUUAUAAUAAUGUAACAGAAAAAACAAAUUACUUGCAUGAUCUUAGUGAGCAACUUAUGGCUAAUCAAAAAAUAUUAAAGGAAAAAAAGCAACAAAUAAAUGAUAGAAUAAAGUAUUUCAUCGAUUUUACGAAAUGUCAAGAUGGAGUUGAAAGGAUAAAAAAUAAAAUGAAUAAUGACGAUUGCAUUUAUAUUUUAGACAAGAUAGAUGAAAGUAUAGACUAUUUAAAUCAACAUCUGCACUAUAAGGAAUCCAGAAUUUAUAAAAUGAAAUAUGAGAGUCUUCUAAAUACUAUCCUCAAUAAGAUAUAUGAUUAUGUAAAUACUAUACUUGUUGAGACAACAAAGCAAGUUGUAGAUCCCAAUGUUAAUUUCCAAUCAGCUCAGGUCCCUCAUAUUAACAGUAUGGUUGAUUCUGCUUUUUCUCUAUAUUAUGGGAAAUUUCAAAGUGUUUCAGUAAAAGUGAGAAGUAUUCUGAACAAUUUGGAGGAAAGGGAAACCAGAAAUGAUCAAUAUAAAAAUGUUUUAAUUGAUUGUAAAAAGUCAUAUUUUACUCAGAGGCUACCUAUAUUAACUGUUGCUGUAGGAAAAGCUUUGACUGAUUUGAAAGAAAAAUAUUAUAAAGAUCAUAGUACCCUAUUCAGAUCAUGUUGCCUCUUCAUCCUAAAAGUUUGUCAAGAUGAAGUAAUGUGUUUUAAUUACUUUUUUUCUAAAGGAACUGAACAUUUAAAUGAUUAUUUAGGAGCCCUUUGUCAGUGCCUUUAUGACACAUUGAGACCAAAUCUUAUUACAAUAAUUCAUAUAGAAGUUCUAUGUGAAUUAUGUGGAAUUCUGAGAAAUGAAUUCUUAAGUGAUAAAGUUGUAGACUCCAUCCAACUAAGUAAAUAUGUUGAAAUCAUUAAACAGUUAUGGCAAGAUGUUGAAGAGAGACUUGUGUUUAGAACAAAUGUGUUUUUCCAAUAUGAUCUCUUAAAUUACAAACCAUCACCAGGUGACUUGGCAUACCCAGAGAAAUUAGAACAAAUUGAGAGUAUUGUCUUGGAAUUGAAAGAAAGAUCAGAUUCAAGGAGUUCAGUUGUAUCCCUUGAAUCUCAGGAAGUUGCUAAUAUAAAUUCACAAAUGUCAAACUUUCGUUCUUAUACAGGAAAUGCAUCUGCAGAUUUACACGGCAUGUGGUAUCCUACUGUAAAACGCACCCUUGUUUGUUUAUCUCGUUUAUAUUUUUGCUUAGAUAGAAGUACAUUUCAAGGAUUAGCACAAGAAGCUAUAGUCAUAUGUAUAGAAACUGUCAAAACAGCAGCAAACCUUAUUUCUACAAAAAAAACUAAAAUUGAUGGUUUUCUUUUUCAAAUUAAACAUUUGUUAAUUAUAAGGGAGCAAAUUGCACCAUUUCAGGUUGACUUUACUGUUAAAGAAACAACUUUAGAUUUUACUACAGUACAGAAAGCAGCCAUGGAUCUAAUCAAUCACAGAAAUAAAAUCUUCACAUUUGGAUCAAAUAACGCAUUGUUAGAAUUUCUAUUAGAGGGAACGCCAAAAGUCAAAGAGCACUUGAUUGACUCACGAAAAGAAAUUGAUAAGCAGUUGAAACAAUCUUGUGAAGCAUUCAUCACCCUGGUAACUCAAUUACUUGUAGGUAACAUCCUUGAUUGGAUAGCAAAAUCUGAAAAAACUUUACAGCAAGAAAAAGUAGCACCUGAGAAAUUUUUGCAAGAGGAUUUUGCAAAAGCUGAAACUCUUUCAUCAGUGGUUAAAGAAAUUCAAAAGAACAUGAAAAUAAAAAUACCUCAAAUCCAACGAUCCAUGCAGAUUUAUCUUUCUAAUAGAGAAACUGAAUUCAUUUUAUUCCGACCUAUAAAAAAUAAUAUUGUUAAUGCUUUCAUGCAACUUGAUCAGAUUUUAUUAAGGAUCGGUUACAGCAAUGAAGAUCAGUUACUAAUUGGAUGUCCUUCUCCUGAACAAAUUAAUAUUCUAAUUUGUUCUGUAUCCUUGAGUGGAGCUCAAGAAAAUAGUACUACCACAAAUAUCUAAUCAUUUUAUAGUUAAUUUUUGAUCCAAUAAUUGAAUUGUAUUAUUUAAUAUAGAGGCAAUAAAUUAUGACAAAGAAUUUUUUGACACUGCCCAUUUCAUGUCAUCAUCAACAUCAAACAGCCAAUUACGUCCACUGCUGGACAUAGGUCUCCCUUCAUCUUUACCACUGUGCACAAUACUGAAUACACUGUUUACACCAUAACUACGCCAACACUCACAAUUACACUGUCUGACGCGAGUUUCGAUAACCAAGUUAUCGUCUUCAGUGACUGAAGAUAAAGUAAUUACUAAAAUAUGCAAAAAUGGUACCUUUUCAUUAUUUUCCAUUUAAUUAACCGUCAUAGGUUUAAGAAAUCUCUAUGUGAAACCACCUGUUUCCAAAAUCAAAUGCAAGAAAAAUUUGCUUUGGUAUCUUUCAAUCCUGUUUAUACAAAAGGAUUGAAAGAAAUAUUUAACAGAGUGGGUUUUUAAUUGGUUUAUAAAUCCAAUAAUACAUUAAAACAAUUAUUGGGUAAUCCUAAGGAUAAAAUACGAAAUUUGUAAAAAAAGUUGUAUUUAUGAAAUCAGCUUUCACUGUACUUUUUGAUGACAUGCAAAUAAUCGUUUGUACUAUACCCUGCCCUAAACUGAGCUUGUCCUCGGGACUGAUAAAGAUUAGACCAGAUUCGGGAUAAUAUGCAUAAACAACUUACAUGGGGAAUCAAACUUAUGGGUCUGUAGUUGGUUAAGUUUGUGAUAUCACCCUUUUUAUGCAUUAUCACUUUUAUUGCUCGGUCUCUUUAGGAAGGAAUUAUUUGUUUUAUUGAGCAAUCAUUAAACAACUUGCAGAGAGCUCGAUGGAGAAAUGAGCCUUUGCACUUUAUAACCUCGAUAACCAAACUGUCAUC